UCCUUUCUUCGUCUGGCCGCUUUGUCUAUCCACAGCAUCAUUGGACCGGUGUCCGGUGUUCGGUGGUAUCGGGAGACCCAUGAAGCUCUUGGCACUUGAGGCACAGCGGAUAGUUUAUGGUUAUAGACUUUUGUAUACAUUUUUUUUUUUCUUUUUCCAUCGCAGCCCUUCGUCCAGUGUGCGCAGGGACAGAGAUUCUGCUGUGUGAACCCCCCUUUUUGCUACAAGGUCUCGUGCCCUGUGAUCCGGCUGCUUGUACCGGAGUUGCAGUCUUCGCGCAGGCUUUCUUGCCUUUUAUAAGCACAGCGCUAAACGCAUCCGGUCAUCGAUUCCUCCAUGCUUCCGGUUGUACUGAAAAUGUCGGAUCCCAAGCCUUGCAAUCCCGCUAGCAAGCUGCGGGUAGGGUUUCAGGAGGGUUAGUCAGGGGGCGGCGAGGUGGUAUCGAAGCGUACCCCGGAACUCAACACUCGACCGCAACGACAACUCUUUU